AUGGCGAAAAUCGCAGAUAUAGACCCAUUACUGACGGAAGAGAAUGUCUCGCCGCUCAAGCAAGCAUUCACCCCGGAGAAAGCCACUUCAUAUCUGGGAUCGCUGUGGGCCGAGACAAUCAAAGAGCUUCGACACGACUUGAAGGCUACCAGGUGGCGGCACACUACGGCCGCCUAUUUUACAUGGCUAUUUUUCUCCAUUUGGGCGGUGGCAUUGUUCAUACUCUGUGUGAUCUUCCCGAUCGUUAUCAUCCCAGAAGUAACCCAGGAAAGCUCCGACUACUGGAACUACUGUGCUCCUGACGGCUCUUUUAGCCUGGAGCCCACGAACCCCUGGAACUUGGACUGGACAUUUCAGAUCGUGUUGGCGUUCGGGUCAUUAACUUUCACGCAAGCCAAGGUGGUGGAUGUUGUGUGGGAUAUUGGAGUCGGCCGCUUGGGACAAAGCCUGUUAGCUUAUUUCUCGUGGAAGGCAUUCUCAGUCUACGUCAGAGCAUCCAUGGAGACCACACCGAUCACAUACCAGACAUUUUGGACAACGUUUAUGCGGAACGAUGUUUCCUUUGCGUCCAUCUUUCGCUUGAUUCGAGACUUUGCCAGAAGGCGAGGUCUGAGAUCAAAACUUGCGAUGGCCUUCAUGACCACUACCAUGCUGUUUAUCGUGGUCUUUCCAACUCUCGCCAGCGCGAUGACCGGAUAUACGGCCAAUAACGACGCGGUUAUCAAACUCGAAAACGGAAGCACACAGGUACCUUUCGAGAAGUUUCGUCGACUCGUUGCCACCAUUCAUGACGGAAACAGAGUCAAUCUUACUGCUGAGUAUAAUGUGUUUCGGGGAGCACCACAAAGCCAGUCUCAGACAUGUGGCUAUGGCGAUUGCAUCAGCGAAUAUAUGUCAAAAUAUGGGAGCAAUAAUCACACCAGUUCGAUCUGGUAUCAAGGCGAUUACGAUAACCCGAAAACUCUCGAAAGCCCAACACUCAAUAUCACUUAUUGGGCCGACAAAGAAAGUGACACAUUGUUCCUCUACACCCCCAAUAAUACGACCUACACUAUACAAGUCAUUCAAGAAAACGCCGUCUGUCAGCCCGUCAUGGUCAAUCUGCAACAGACUUACCAGUGGGGCUUCUCAGUGGUCCAGCUUGAAAUCGCCAUGAUUUUGCUCACCAUCUGGACCUUCGGUGUGUGGAUUAUGUGGCUUCAUGCUCACCUUGAGCUCUCUAACAGGGGCAAAUAUGAAGUACCCCGAGAACUCAAGGCUGCUCUGUACCUCGCAGACUCAAUACGAAGCGAUCUGAAGGAAUUCGACCAGGAAGCUGAAUUUCUGAGUAACAAGGAGCUGAAAGCACACGCCGCAGAGCAUCUGAAAGGGGGGAAGGUCGAUAUACAGGCGCUCUCGCUUGUCAAUGGUUAUAGCUUUCGGCGGAGCUCUUGGAAAUGGAUCAAGACCAAUAAGUUAUGGGCUUUUGUGUUCUUCUUUGUUUUGGCGAGCACUUACUUUCUCUUUGGGAUUCCGUUGUUUCUGACCAUGAGUUUCGCAAUGGCUGCAGGCUGGGGCAGGAGGACCCGGGCAGUUAUGUCAUGGGGAGCAUUUUUGCUCGUAGUGGCAGUUGGCUUGCCUGUGUACAUGCUUACAACAGCAAGGUGA